GAGGCAGCCAUGGCCGACGGCAACAGAUCAACGUUGAAGGAGUUCGUUGCAAGUAUAUCGACAAUCAAAGGCGACGUCUCGAACAUCACCGCGCCCCCGUUCCUAUUGGCGUCUCAAUCUACUGUCGAAUUUCCUUCCUACUGGUGUGAGAGACCUCAGCUCUUAUGUGCUCCAGCAUCAGAGCCUGAUGCUCAAAAACGCUGUUUACUUGUACUGAAGUGGUUCCUGGCAAGUCUGAAGCGUCAGCAAUAUGCAGGCAGGGAUGAGAGCGCGGGAGUCAAGAAGCCAUUAAAUGCUUUUCUGGGUGAAGUGUUCAUGGGAGCUUGGGGCGGUGCGGAUGGAGAAGGGCGGACGUGUCUGAUCUCCGAGCAAGUCAGCCAUCAUCCGCCGGUCACGGCCUGCUACCUUUGGAACGAUGAAAAAGGCGUCAGAGUAUGUCUCGAAUAUUUCCCAGUGCUCCCCGCCACUAACACAGGAACCAGNGCUGAAGGAUACGCUUGCCAGAACAUCACCUUCUCUGGCACCGUCAACAUCAAGCAAAUUGGCCAUGCAAUUAUCCACCUCGACAAGUGGGACGAAGACUACCUUAUCCCUCUACCAUCUGUGAAAGUCUCUGGAUUGAUUACCGGAACGCCAUACCCGGAACUGGUCGGCAGCUACGACAUCGUCUCAUCAUCCGGCUAUGUCGCCACGGUGGACUUCUCUGGCAAGCGCCUACUGGGUUUGGCUGGCAAAAAGAACGGUCUACAUGCGGCAGUCUACGCUGCUGAGGAUAGCGGUCGCAAACAUCCAAUCUACACGCUAGACGGUACUUGGAACGAUCUCUUCACGAUCCGCGACGAAAAGGCUGGUUCUGUGAUUGAAGAGUUCGACACCAACGCCCACCCACCACUUCCUGUCCAAGUCCCAGACGAGUCCACUCUCGACCCUUACGAGAGUAGGAAGGCUUGGGGUCCAACUAUAUCAGCUUUGAACUCUGGGAACAUGCAAGCAGCCGCCGAUGCGAAAAGCAAGGUCGAGCAAGGUCAACGCGAGAUGAGAAAGCAAGAGGAGAGCGAAGGCAAGACUUGGACUCCUCUGUUUUUCCAAAAAGUGCAGAGCGAACCAAGACUUGAGAACUUGAAGAGACUGGCACAUGGAGAUGCAGAGAUGGGUGGUGCUCAAGGGGUCUGGCGUUGGGUAGGUAAUGAGAAGGCCGAACAAGUCGAUAGACCUUUCCAUGGUGAUUUGGUGCCAUGGUUGAUUUGA